AUGUACGACAUCAACGUGCCCACCGACUUUGGCCCGGCCACCGUCCGCAUCGGCCUGCCGCCGGCCUCCCUGCUCACUUUCCCUCCCUCCGAGCUCCCGGAAACCAUUCCUGCUCCACACUCGGCCCAUCGCACAUGGAAGCAGCCGUUCAACAUCCCCGACGGCCUCUACACCAAGGUCCUGGACGUGCGCGUGCCCAUCACCAUCGCCACCGUCUACGCGCUGACCGUGGUGCUCAUCAACCGUCUGAACAAGAGCCGCGGCUAUAAACCCUAUGCGUUCAGCAACACCCGGCUCUUCAAGCUGUUUGUCGUGCUACACAAUGUCUUUUUGGCCGUGUACUCGGCUUGGACCUUUGUCGGCAUGUUCCAGGCCUUUGGCAACUCGUGGCCGGACCGCGACGACCCGCACGGUCUGGCGGGGGUGGUCGAUGCGCUGUGCAAGAUCAAUGGACCCCGUGGCUACGGUAAUGCUGCUACCUACCACCCGGCCACCGAGCAAUGGGCAAUCCCCAACCCCGCCUUCAAGCUGACGGGCGGCCUACCGGACUCGACGGAUGUCGGCCGGCUCUGGAACCAAGGCCUGGCGUACUUUGGCUGGAUUUUCUACUUGUCCAAGUUCUAUGAGGUCGUCGACACGGCUAUCAUCCUGGCCAAGGGCAAGAAGAGCUCCACGCUGCAGACCUACCACCAUGCCGGCGCGAUGAUGUGCAUGUGGGCUGGGAUUCGGUAUAUGGCGGCUCCCAUUUGGAUCUUUGCGCUGGUCAACUCGGGCAUUCACGCUCUCAUGUAUACUUACUACACCCUGACGGCGCUUCGCAUCCGGGUCCUCAAUCCAGUCAAGCGCAGCUUGACCACAAUGCAGAUCACCCAGUUUGUCUUCGGGACCAACAUGGCCGCCGCCUACCUGUUCGUCCACUACACGAUCCCGUACCCGGCAGGAAGUCCCGCCCUGCGCCACCUGUCCAAAGCCGCUCCGUCGGAAGUCGCCGAAAUCGGACUGGGGUCGUGGCUCAAGAAGCUGGCCUUCCGCGCCGCGGGAGCCGAAGGCAUCGCUGAGAAUAUUGGCAGCUUUGGGAGCUCCGCGCCCAAGGCAGGCUACACCCAGCAGAUGGGCACAUGCAUGGACACGACGGGCCAGGCAUUCGCGAUCUGGCUGAACGUAUCGUACCUGCUGCCGCUGACCUACCUCUUCGCGCGGUUCUUCGUGCGGUCGUACCUGAACCGCAAGGACCCGGGCGUGAAGCAGCCGACGCACAUGGAAGCCGCCGAGAAGGCGAGCAUGGAUGCGCUGAAGGGGCUGACGCGCGAGAUUCAAAAGGCCGCCAUAGAGGGCGAAAACAGCGAGGCUACUGAGGACGAGGCCGUCAAGGCGCAUGUUAUCAACGCCACCAAGAAGCUGGCCGAGCAGGCUGAGCAGGCCGAGCAAGCUGCUCUGGCUCAGGACUCGCCGAUCCGCACGCGCGCGGGCGCUGCCUCCAAGGCGAAGGCUGCUGCGUCGGCGGAGUCGCAGGAUGGGUUCUUGGCCGUGCCUGCGAAGAAGGGCGCCAAGAAGCAAACCAAGGCCGAGAAAGAGUCGAGCUCAAGUACGCCGGAGACGAAGGGGCAGAACCCGUUUGGUGUUCUGGAGAACAAGGCGUGA